AUUCCAAGAGUGUCGAACUGGCCCUCAAGUGCCACUCUGGGUCAUGGUUUUUGUUCCUACCAAUCAAGCACAGACAGUUUAACCAAUGAAGUUUCUGCUAGAACAAGCAGCAUCCGACUGCAAUCAACGAAUUACAAUUGUAAAACACCAGAUUGGUGAAAAGCUGUCGUCUUGUUUUGUUGGAAUGAAAUCCAGCACCCACUGCGGCUCUAUGUAGAAUAGUUUGAAUACCCCUGGCCUAUUCCUUUUCCUUGCAGUCUAUCCCACGCAUCGGAUUUGGACCACCACUGGGUGGCGACAUCCUGGCUCAGCGAUGUAGGCCUUCCUCAGUAUUCGCAAACCUUCCACGCUCACCUGGUGGACGGCCGGGUAUUGAGUUCUCUUGACCGCCAUGACCUGGAGGAACACCUUGACAUUAGCGAUCGCUCCCACCAGGCCAGUCUGCUGCUGUCGGUGCAGCUCCUGCAGAUGUUGGACUUCAAUAAGGAGACCAUGCGGGUGAGAAGGGCUAAGUGCGAGCACCAAAACAAGGACCCCAUUGUUUGGACCUGUCACCGAGUCAUGAAGUGGAUCAGGGAUAUAGAUCUUAAAAUGUUUGCUGACAACCUUCAGGGUAAAGGAGUGAAUGGCGCAGUGCUGGUUAUGAACCCAAAUUUUGACCCCGACACUAUGGCGAGAGUGCUAGAAAUCCCAGUCGAGAGACACUCGCUCCAUCGGCAUCUGCGUGAAGAGAUGAAAGUACUCCUUGCUGCUAGCAGCAACCAGGAGGAGCGGGAAGGCGAGGUGGUCAGUUCCUUGACUCCGGUGGCAGUCAAGCGCUUUGCCGAGGGAAGGAAGCCAAUGAGGAGAUCCAGCAAGAGUCCACUGAGAUUUCGCUCGGCAGAAGCACGUGUUCACUCCGGGCCUCGGACUUCUCGCAGCCCCAUGCGCGCCUACAAGAGUGUGGACAUCACCCAUAUGUGAAAACAAAGCUUCACUGUGGAUCUAUAAGGACUUCACCUUGUCAUUUAAAGGGGAUAAAAUGGAAAACUGACAUUUUAAUGUUGUUUCCAAAUAGUAUUCGCAAAGCUAUCAAAUUUGAACGCAAGCAACCAAUUCUGGCCAUGUCCACACGUAGCAGGGUUUUUUAAAAAUGAGCAUUUUGCCCUUUCCGUCAAGAAAUAAAAAUUCAACAUCCACACCAUCUCGUGUGUAGGAAAAAUAUCAUCUACACGCAACUGGAUAAGUGUGGGUUUUUUUGUUUUGUUUUUCUACAUAUUUCCUUAUCUCCAUCCAAGCACAGAGUGAUUGACAAGAAGUAAAAUGGUACUACGAUCGUAUUUUGUCUUUUUAGCCAUUGCCUUGUGAGAUGUUCGUGAACCAUUAGCAUGUUAGCAUGGGUUGCUAGCGCGUGCGGUCGCUUAUUUGUUUGUAUCUGUGCAUGAUAGAUGUCUUUAAAGGAAUCCAGGGAUAGAAAGACUUGUAGUUCUUAAAAGAAACACGUUAUUAUGAGAUAAAAAUAAUUUGAUAUUGAAACCCCUCUUGAUGUUUUCAUUUUUAUACAAUUUGUUAAAUUAGUUGUUGUUGACGUCGCAGGGCGGUGACAUCACAUGGUUAUGCUGCCGGGCUUCCAGAGUAUGACUCUAGCAACAUAAACAUGUCAUCUGUUCAAAUUCUUCAACCCUUUCAAUUUGAACCCGAGAGGAACAUUAAUGAGCAUGACAGCACUGUUAAUAUUUCACAAAACUAGCAGCAAAAGCAAAAUGAAGAGGAAAGACGGGGUGAGACAUGACAAGAGUGAGGGGGGGUGUUCUGCCAAAAUUUGCUACACCAGCGAAACGUCUACAACAGGGGAAAUUGACACCCGAAGUACUACCGUGUGCUUUCAGCUUGUUUUGUUUGAGUGCAUACAGACAGAACAUACUAAAGAUGCCAUUAGAAAAUACUUAAGCGUGGGAAUAUCAAAUAAGGUUGGUUUAAAUAUGCUACGUGACCAAUGUGGUCAACAGAUCAACAAUUUGCUUUAAAGCUACCACAAGAAAACACUAUGCUUAAAAGUAUGAGAGGGAAACACAUGCAAAAAGUAUUUUGAGGCAACGAAAAUGUAAUAAAAGACUCAAUAAAAACACAAAUAGUUAGUACUCACCGCGUUUAACCGAUGAGCUCAUGUGUUGGACGUCUCGCCGCGUAGAAAGAAUUGCAGUAACCUGGUAGUAUUCGUCGAGUGACCAUGACAAUCUACCAUGAGCGUCCAUAAAACAUGGCGCCCUCCGUAGAUGAAAACAUGUACUAAAUACUAUAGAUUUUUAAAUCAAUGGCAAUAUUUUAUGUGUUUCUAAUAACGUAUUUUAGUAAAAGAGAACAAUUGUGGCUUAUUAGAGCCUACAAGUCUUUAAAUUCGAGGUUCCCUUUAAUACAGGGGUGUCCAAACUUUUUGCAAAGAGGGCCAAAUUUGGUGUGGUAAAAAUGUGGGGGGCCGACCUUGGCUGACGUCCUAUAUGUAGAACAAUAU